UCUUGUGGUCUAGCCAAAUCCUCUCCCUCUGCAGACAAUUUCUAUGGUGCACAGAGGACAAAAGGCUUGAUCAGCGAUUGGCUGAUUCGCAAGUGCGCUGAACAAUCUCUUGCUCGCAAAGUCAGCCCCUCUAUUCACAUUUAAAUGAGGCGUUAUAAAUACCUACUACUACUGGCACUAUCGUUGCGCUUGAGGCUGCAUAACAAAACUAGUACCCGUCUGCGCAAAAGUACAGCUCGGCUUUGUUUGCAGCAGGGACCGGCGGCCAUCUGUCCCAUUUACGGAGUGUAACGGUCGUGUGGAUUUACCAAACCUCGGGCAGUGUCUGGGUUAAACAUCAACAACAUGGCCCCCACUCACAAUAUCAAAAAAGAACUGAGUAAAGACGAAGAUGAAUACUAUGGCAUUAAAGUGGACAGAAAGAUCAGAAAGCCGUUGGUUGAGAAAAAGAGACGGGCUCGCAUCAAUGAAAGUUUGCAGGAACUCAGAGUUCUUCUCGCAGACACAGAUUUACAAUCAAAGAUGGAGAAUGCCGAAGUGCUGGAAAUGACUGUAAAACGAGUGGAGAGUAUCCUUCAAAACCAAGGACAAGAGGUAGACCCAGUGAACCAGGAGGCGAGUGAAAGGUUCGCUGCUGGCUACAUCCAAUGCAUGCAUGAGGUGCACACCUUCGUGUCCAGCUGCCCGGGAAUCGACGCGACUCUCGCGGCGGAGCUCUUGAACCACCUCCUGGAAUGUAUGCCUCUGAACGAUGAGGACAGACUCCAGGUGAUGCUCCAGGAUAUUAUGGCGGACUGCUCCACUAAUGGCAGCAGCACUUGGCCCAGUUCUGAGGGCAUUUACGCAGCACUGGUCUCCCCUGGAGGAAGGAGCAUCCCCAGCGAAAGCUCCUCAACCCUCUCCCCAGCGCCCUCCACCACCUCCAGCGAUGACCUGUGCUCGGAUCUGGACGAGACCGACUCUGAGCAGAGCCACAUCUCUGUGGACGCUGAAAACCAGGAUGUUCUGAACAUGCCCAGAGUGGCCUAUUCCAAGUCCAUGUGGAGACCUUGGUAGAGCCAAAUUACUGUAGACCUACACCUGUCAGUUACUAGAGGAAUAGCCUAAAAAAGUUAUUGUAUAUUGUGUUUUAUUCUGUAUAUUUGAAGAUACAAUUCCUUGUAAUCUUGUUAGACUUUUGGAUGAGAGACGUAGGAAUAGCAUGAGAAGUGGGACAUUAUCACUACAAUGACUAUACUUGGUAAUGCAAAGUCUGGUUGCAAGUAGGCUAGAGGUGGCAUCAUUUUAAAAAGCAACUUUUGUGUCAUUUAGCCAGAAUUCUAGGUUGUACAGAUGUAAAUAUGUAUUUGUUGAUAGAAUGGCUGUAUAGAAAGUACCAUGUCCUAGUACACCACACUCAGUAAUGCCGUGUUGUGUGUAAAUUAUUUUAUUUGUGUAGGUUUAAUCAAAUAAAUAUUUUAUGUUAUCUGUAACAUUGUAAUAACAAAUGUUUUCAGACAAAUUGUCAUACACAUUAACGUAGUUAAUUUCAUUAAAUUGAUUUUCUCUUCA